GUCAAGGCAUGGAUUCCACAAGACCUCUGAAGGUGUGCUGUGGUAUCUGGCACCAAGACAUUAGCCUCAGAUGCUUUAAGUCCUGUAAGAUGUGAAGUGGGGCCUCCAUGGAUCGGACUUCUUUGACAAGCACAUCCCACAGAUGCUCGUUUGGAUUGAGAUUUGGGAAAUUUGGAGGCCAAGUCAACACCUUCACAUUUUUGUCAUGUUUCUCAAACCAUUCCUGAACAAUUUUUGCAGUGUGGCAGGGCGCAUUAUCCUGCUGAUAGAGGCCACUGCCAUUAGAGAAUACCGUUGCCAUGAAGGGGUGUACUUGGUCUGCAACAAUGUUUAGGUAGGUGGUAUGUGUCAAAGUAACAUCCACAUGAAUGCCAGGACCCAAGUUUCCCAGCAGAACAUUGCCCAGAGCAUCACACUGCCUCUGCCGGCUUGCCUUCUUCCCAUAGUGCACCCUGGUGCCAUCUGUUCCCCAGGUACAUGACGCACACGUGCCCGGCCAUCCAUAUGGGGUAUCCCUGUUCCAGUUCUGAUGCUCACGUCCCCAUUGUAGGCACUUUUGGUGGUGGACAGGGGUCAGCAUGGGAACUCUGACCGGUCUGUGGCUACGCAGCCCCAUACACAGCAAGCUGCGAUGGACUGUGUUUUCUGACAUCUUUCUAUCAUAGCCAGCAUUAACUUUUUCUGCAAUUUGUGCUACAGUAGUUCUUCUGUGGGAUCGGACCAGACGGGCUAGCCUUCACUCCCCACACACAUCAGUGAGCCUUGGCCACCCAUGGCCAAUGACGCCCAUGACCCUGUCUACGUUUCACUGGUUGUCCUUCCUUGGAUCACUUUUAUUAGGUACUAACCACUGCAGACCAGGAAUCCUUCCGCUUGCCCAUUUUUCCUGUUUCUAACACAUCAACUUUGAGAACUGACUGUUCACUUGCUGCCAAAUAUAUAUCCCACCCCUUGACAAGUGCCACUGUAACAAGAUAAUCAAUGUUAUUCACUUCACCUGUCAGUAGUUUUAAUGUUAUGGCUGAUCGGUGUAUAAAUACACAUGGCAAAAGUCUUAUGUGCCCUUUUUUUCUAAAUUUGUUAUAGUUCUUUAUUUUAUGACUUCUACAUUAUCGAGUCAGUACAAAAACAUUUUAGAUUUCAAAACAUUCAUUUUUCAAUACAAAAUUAAAUGUUACAGAAAAAUUUUUGUAUGUCAGUAAAGAAAGCAGCAGAUUACGUAAGACACCACUUUUCAGAAAAACAACAUAAUGAAGGCUGCUGGGUUUUGCUGCAAAAAUAAGAAGCAAGUGCGACAGUCAAAGUCUCCAGAAGAACUGUGGCUGCUUGUACAAGAUGCUCAGUAACACUUACAGCUAAUUUCCUUAUAAAACUGCACUAAUUUUACUUGAGACUACUAUUUUUUUUAAAGCAAAGGGUCAUCACACCAAGAAUUGACUUUGUUUCAUUUAUUACUGUUUACUGCUCUUUAUAGUAUUUUUUUAAUGUAGAAACAUUUAAUUUAAUCAUUUUUUAAGGCUUCUGUGCUAGAAAAGCAUGUAGAAAUGACUGAGUGGAGUUUCCACAAUGUUUUUUUAUAUGCGAGUCAUGCACUUUGCAUGGUGUGUUGAUGUAUCUUAUAUAUAUUAUGUACAUAUUGCUAGUUCCAAAAAUAAGUUAAGAUUGAGGUUUGUGUGUGCAGGCACUGAUGAUCAAAAAUAACAAAUGUACCAAAUUUGCAGUCAAUAGUAAACUCACCACAGAAGCUAUAGCUAACUAUAGAACUAUAUUAAUUAGGAAAAAUAAGUUGACAGGGGCUUUAAGUUGGAAUAUUACUUCCUUUCCUCAGUGCUCAUUUAUACUUUGAAUAUUGUAAUGUUUUUUUUUUGGUUUCAUGGAUGUCUUCUAAUUUUCUCGUUAGGUCCAUAGCUUUCGAAGAAAAAAUAAAUAGGAUUAUUGUAUAAGCUUCAAAUAAUAGGCUUUGUUGCAUUUGGUCAAAGGUAUUAUUUAGAAAUCACUUGUAAUUUGCUCAUUUUACCAUUGUCAUUGAAACAGGGAAAUAAUAAAGUUUGUUGAUUAAAUGAAAAAUUAGGUUUAUUUUAUAUUACGUAUAAAAAUAGUAAGAAAAUCUAUAUAAAAUAAGAAAAUCUAUCAAUAUAGAUACCAUGUGGUAUCCUUGUUGAUAAUGCUGGGUAUUUUCCAAAAACAGCUGUUUCCUGUAAGGCAGGUUACAUUUUCCUUUUGGUUCUUUGUCUCUAUGCUCUGUGUGGGAGUGUGUGUGUGUGUGUGUGUGAGGCCCUCACUGCAUUCUUGCGGGCUGCUCUGCUGGCAAAGCUUGCAUUCUCACAGUUGCCACAGAAAGCUCUAGAAAAUGGAUGCCUGUCACUAGUCUUAGCAAUUAGACAAGGCAAAGGGAAAGCAGGCAAUCUGAAGCAUUUGUUCUAGCUCCACAGAAAACAUAUACAUGUUGCCUUGUCAGUGAAGGCUUAAAGAAGAAGUGGAGUGUGAUUCGGAGUGUGUUUUUGAUGGCGGAUGGCAGCAGCAGCCCUCCCUGCAUUGCAGCAGUGGAUCAGAGCAGAGCGGAGAGAGCAGGGAGAGCCAGCGUGCCACACAGCACCGAGCGCCCAAUCACGCGCCUCCGUGUGGCUCUCAAACCAAUCGGCAGCCCACAGCUGAGGUUAAAGAUUGACAAUUGCACCGAGAGCGGCAGGGAGAGAGAGCAAGGCCCUUCUGGAAAAUUCUGCACCCAUCUUUGUCUCAUCCCUUACCAGCUAUUAUAAUUGAAGGAAAAAAAAACAAUAUUAAAAAAAGGCCCUGCCUGAAGAACCUGUUCACUGUGCACGUAAAGAAAAAUAAGUUUAGCAGAAGAGGAGGUGAAGACAGAGUCAGAUGUGAAUGAAGGAAUGGAGAUUGCCACACGAUCCAGAGUGUCUGAUCCAGGGUCAGCGGAGCGCACCGCCCCAAAGCGCAAAGCACCUAGCCCACCGCAUUCAUCCAAUGGACACUCUCCUUCAGAAGCUUCUCCUAGCCCGGUCAAAAAGAAGAAGAAACCAGGAGCCGUCAACAGCAGCAAAGAUCAGUCCGAACUAAGACAUGGUCCCUUUUACUAUGUGAAGCAGCCCGCACUCACCACAGACCCUGUUGAUGUUGUACCGCAGGACGGCAGGAACGACUUCUAUUGCUGGGUGUGCCACCGCGAGGGCCAGGUGCUCUGCUGUGAGCUCUGCCCACGCGUCUACCAUGCCAAGUGUCUCAAACUGGCUGCUGAGCCUGAAGGCGACUGGUUCUGUCCAGAGUGUGAGAAAAUAACCGUUGCAGAGUGCAUUGAGACCCAGAGCAAGGCAAUGACCAUGCUCACACUGGACCAGCUGUCUUACCUUCUCAAGUUCGCCCUCCAGAAGAUGAAACAGCCGGGUACAGAACCGUUUCAGAAGCCAGUGUGUCUUGAGCAGCAUCCUGAUUACGCAGAGUAUAUUUUUCAUCCCAUGGAUCUCUGUACUUUAGAAAAGAAUAUCAAAAAGAAAAUGUACGGCUCUACUGAAGCAUUCUUGGCUGAUGUGAAGUGGAUUUUGCACAACUGCAUCAUUUAUAACGGAGGAAACCAUAAGCUCACCACAACAGCUAAAGUUAUCAUAAAAAUCUGUGAACAUGAAAUGAAUGAAAUUGAGGUCUGUCCAGAGUGCUAUCUUUCAGCCUGCCAGAAGAGGGACAACUGGUUUUGUGAGCCGUGUAGUAACCCUCAUCCCCUAGUGUGGGCCAAACUUAAGGGCUUUCCAUUCUGGCCUGCCAAAGCUCUACGAGACAAAGAUGGACAAGUAGAUGCCCGAUUCUUUGGACAGCAUGAUAGGGCCUGGGUCCCAAUCAAUAACUGCUACCUCAUGUCUAAAGAGAUUCCUUUCUCUGUAAAGAAGACCAAAAGCAUCUUCAACAGUGCCAUGCAGGAGAUGGAGGUCUAUGUGGAGAACAUUCGGAAAAAAUUCAGCGUCUUCAAUUAUGCCCCUUUCCGCACACCCUACACACCCGACAACCAGUUCCAAAUGCUUCUCGACCCAGCAAACCCUGGCGCUGGCUCAGUCAAACCUGAAAAACAGGAGAAGAUCAAGUUCAGCUUUGAUAUAACAGCAUCACACGUAGGCAAGGGCAUGGUGUCGGCCGGGAUGGGUGGCGGAGGGACUACCGGUAGGCGGAUCACUAUGCCAGACAUACCGCGAUCACCAAUGAGCACUAACUCAUCUGCCCAUACUGGCUCUGACGGCGAGCAGGAGGGUGGGGAAAAGAGCCAGACCAGAGCUCUUCUGCAACACCACAGCACAGGAGAAGAGUCUCUCGAUAGCACAGCGUCUCCUGCUGCUCCGCGAGCUGGUACUGCAGGCAGUGCCAUGGACAGCCCCAAACCAUUUCACUCUACAGUCCCAAACACACCCAUUAAACAGGAGAAGACUCCCACUACAGGCAGCAUCUUAAACCUUAACCUCGACCGUAGUAAGGCCGAAAUGGACCUGAAGGAGCUGAGUGAGACUGUACAGCAGCAGCAGGGCGCUCAGGCCUCACUCACUUCCCCUAAAAGACAGAUCAGGAGCCGCUUCCAGCUCAACCUUGAUAAGACCAUUGAGAGCUGCAAAGCACAGCUGGGUAUUGAUGAGAUAUCAGAGGAUGUGUAUAAAGACGAGGAACACAGUGACUCUGACGACUCUGACAAGUCUGAUUCUAGUGACAGCGAAUACACCAGUGACAACGAACAAAAACCAAAGAGCACCAAGGACUCUGCUGCUGAUGAAAAAACAGAGAAAGAACUAUCUAAAAAGAAGCCCAAACCGCCAUCCCCUGCUGGUGAAGACAAGGACAGCAGCACAGAAUCCUCUGGUACAUCUAGCUCCCUGACCAAAGGCGAGAUUGUGCAGAAAGUAGGAAGUGGUAUCUCUCAAGCAAAAGAGAAGCCAGCCGUCGAGUCAGACAAAGAAGUGCCUAAAGCAGCACCGGCAUCUCCCAGUACAAGAGACAAGUCCAAGGUAACAGAGGAAGCCAGGCAGCCUGUGUCUGUCGACGUAGACAUGGACUCAGACUCAGAGCGAGAGCUGGUAAUUGAUUUGGGAGAAGAACCUGGAGGAAGAGAGAGGAAGAGGCGCAGGAAAGACUCAGCCGCUGUCACCGCACUCAAAGAGCCCGCAGCCUCCAAGACAGAGGCUAAGGGACCUCCCACAGGAAGUCUUGCUCCAUCUCAGACCCCUUCAGCACCCUCUUCCACUCCAGGCCUCAAAGACCCCUCGCAGUCUCCCAUGGCAGUUCCUCUAAAUGUAGUUACCAUCCCUGCUGUCCCUAGCAGCACUGCCCUCGCCUCUUCUUCCCUGCCUAACUCCGCUCCUCCUACAGCCCUGCCCUCCUCCACCCCCAACAGCACGGUGAAGAAACAGCGCCCCCUGCUGCCCCGCGAGAGUGUGCCGGUGGUGCAGCGGGCCGUUGUGUGGAACCCCGGUGCCAAGUUUCAGACGUCCUCUCAGAAGUGGCACAUGCAGAAAGUGCAGCGGCAGCAGCAGAGCCACACGCAGCCUCACACUCAGACACAGACGUUAUCACAAGCACAGCAGGCAUCGUCUUCACCAUCUUCUUCCAGCACUCGCUACCAGACACGACAGGCUGUGAAGGCUGUGCAGCAGAAAGAUUCCCCACACAGCACCUCGACCUCGGCUGUCACUCUGGUCACCAGCACCCCUGUGUCUGCUGCCAUAAUGGCUGGUGUCACAGUUAGCUCUUCCUCCUCAUCAUCCUCCAUGGCUGGAGAGCUACAAAUCCCCACCACUUCUGCUGAUGUGGCAGCUGACAUUGCAAAAUAUACCAACAAAAUCAUGGAUGCAAUCAAGGGGACAAUGACUGAAAUAUACAAUGACCUCUCCAAGAGCACCUCAGGAAACACAAUAGCUGAAAUUAGGCGGUUACGGAUUGAAAUCGAAAAGCUGCAGUGGCUCCAUCAGCAGGAAUUAUCAGAGAUGAAACACAAUUUAGAGCUGACCAUGGCAGAGAUGCGGCAGAGUCUGGAGCAGGAGCGAGAGCGGCUGGUCGCAGAAGUGAAGAAGCAAAUGGAGAUGGAGAAACAGCAGGCUGUCGAUGAGACCAAAAAGAAGCAGUGGUGUGCCAACUGCAAGAAAGAGGCCAUUUUCUAUUGCUGCUGGAACACAAGCUACUGUGACUACCCCUGCCAGCAAGCACACUGGCCAGAGCACAUGAAGUCCUGCACGCAGUCUGCAACAUCAUCACAGCAAGAGCCAGACACUGAGUCAAACACAGACGGCAUUUCUAAGGUUUCUGGCCAUCCCAACAACGGUCAGGACUCACCUCGAGAGACAGCAGGAGCUCCACCCACAGACAAGGACAGCGAUGUGGACAAAUUGAAGGACAAUGUUACUGUCAGUAUGUCCUAGCUCAAGACAUACCAACUACUGCAGAACUGCACUUACAACUGCACAUAUGUACAAAACAUAGUCAAGUUCCGUCACUACAACAAAAUUUUUCAUGUUGUUGUCUUGCCAGGAUCUGCUUUUAACACUUUGGGAGGCUGAUUUACUUAUUUGUAUCAAUAACAGUUCCAUGUUCCAGUCUCAGUUCUGUAUAGCAUUAAAGACACAACCAGACCUCUUUAGUGACUUACUUUGCUCUUUUUUUUACUUGAUUCUUACUUGAAGUCCAUAAUAUUUUUCUGAUUGGCUUAUUCAUUUAUCUCCAUAAUACCAACAUUAUUACAGUGAAGAGUCCACAAAUGGGCCGCUGCAGGAUUUUUACACAAAGCAGUAAUCCUUUGGUGCUCAGUCCAUGUUUGUGGGGAUUUUGUACAAUUAUUCAAAUCCUAUUUAGCAUUCUGUGCUUCACUCAGAACGAGAAGCUGUUUUCUCUGAAAUCGUCUUAUACAGAAGACAGAAAACCACAUUUUUGUCACGUCAUUUAAAUGGCAAGCCUCUCACCAGCUAGAGUGGAGCUAUGAAGAUGUAAACACAUUAAUGAUCUGAAAGUAUCUGGGUAAAUAUGGUUUAGGUGUCAUAAGUAAAACACCCUGUAGAUAUCACUGAUAUCUUAAAGACAUAAAAUGAUGAAGUGAUAUUGUUCACUGUGUAAUGGCUCAUUCUGAAGUGGCAGUCAUGUUAUGUUACAUUUUUAUUGCAGGUUGUCUAUUUCCUAAUAUAUAUAUAUACAUAUAUAUAUAUAUAUAUAAGCUUUAUAUGGGGGAUGGGUAUAAAAAUGUGAGAUUUUGUUUUUAUUUUUUAAUAGUUCACAAAUUUUAAAGAUGAAUAUUUGUUUAUAUUCAUAUUUAAUUCAUCCAACUUUCUGUUUGGUAAUAUGAAACUCAGAAGAUUACAUUAUAUUUAAUUUUCUCUAUGCAUCCAUUACUAAAAACAUUUGCAAUUUUGAGGGACAAAAAAGUUUCACUAGAUUAUCUAUUAGUAUUAGUGUUCCCAAGUGGUGUUAUUAUUAUUAUUAUUAUUAUUUUUUUUUUUUUUUUUUAAAUCAAAAUGUAUUAAAUAUGGCAUGGUAUGAUACAAUCUUAGUGUAUCACAAGAUACCAAGCUGAUUACUGUUAAAGAAUCACAUGCUUUAUUUUUAUUAUUUAAACACCUUUGCCUUCACUCGCACUUUUAAAUGUGCCCAUUUUGGGUUCUUUUUUUUUUUUGUUAUUAUUAUUUUUUUAACCUUUAAUUACAUCUGACCAAGCUAUUUUGUUCUUAUGUUCUUUUUUGCAUUAAAAUCAGAUCAAUAAUAAUAUUUUCAUCUCAUUCAUUGUUGUUAAUACAGACUACAGAGACAUUUAAUUUCUGCUUUUCUAACCAAUCUUUAUGUACUGUUGAAUCAUUUUUGACUGAUCAUUCUGUAAUAUUUCUGAAUUUUCUAUUUUAUUUUCUGUUGGGACAGUUACCUUUAUGUUUAUAAUAGCCCUUUCCGAUCAACAAAAAUAUAGCGGUCUAGCAAAGUUACCAAAGCUGAGGCUAGGUCAUAAUUUACAUUUUGAUGCAUUACUACAAGUCAUUACAGUACAGUAACACCGUUUCAGCAGCCUCCCUAAUAUUUACAUUGACUGUUGACUGUUCAGUACAUUCUUAGCUCUUAAAAAGAACUGCUGUAUAUAUUACAAUUUAAAAAAUGUUUACAUAUAAUACAGAAAUAAAAUUUGGUGGUCUUAA